AGACGCAGACGACAAGUCCACCGAGGACGACUCUGAUAGCAUUAUCUGGACUUCACCAUCUCAUAUCACCGAAAUACGUAGGCCUGAAAGUGACGCAGAGAAAAAGGGCCGACAAGAUCUGCACUCGAUGUUUGCUGUCCAGUGGGAUCUCAUUGAGCUCUACCUUUUCGCCAACCGUCGGAGCAUUCCAGCCCUCAAAAAUGCGAUCAUUGAUCGCCUAGUGCAACUUCGCAACGACAACUGGCGCCCCAUCACCGGAUAUCCCCACCUAAUGAGAAGAAUCCGCGCCAGCCUUCCCCGGAAUUCGAAGCUCUGCUUGUAUCUGGUUCAAGAAGCAGCGCACUUUUGGGAUUCUGGCCUAUUUCUAAAACAUCGAGUUGACCUCCACAUUUUCCCGAAAUUACUGCUAGAGGAGAUCACCAGAGCUAUCUACGAAUCUCGCCUGGGGACUGAAGAUCAUGGUCCUUCAUGGGCUGCCGAUGUUUGUUAUUUCCACGAACAUGAUAGACCUGCACAGCGGCAUCAAUGUGUGCGUGACCAUAGUACAUGGCAGGCUGAAUUGAAGCGCCGAGGUGAAUACGAGAAGCCGGAUCAUGAGGUGCCGGAUAUGAGCUGGCUGAUGAAGAUCAUUGAGAUUCGUGGAAGUCAACGAUGUGCCUGAGAUGUUCGAUUCUACGUAAUGCGAAGGGCGCGUGGUAGUUUCUACUCAAAUGCCUCAGUCCGCACUCUCGACUUCUGACAUCAGCUCCAAGUAUCAAGACAAAUGCAAAACAUUUGCCUACG